AUGGUGAACAUCCCAAAGACGCGGAGCACGUAUUGCCGAAAGUGCAAGAAGCACACAACUCAUAAGGUCUCGCAGUAUAAGACUGGCAAAGCCUCCAAAACGGCGCAAGGUAAGCGCAGAUACGACAAGAAGCAAGCAGGCUACGGUGGUCAAACCAAGCCGAUCUUUCACAAGAAGGCCAAGACGACGAAGAAGAUUGUGCUCAAGUUUGAGUGCUCCAAGUGCAAGGCCAAGCGCAUGAAACCCAUCAAGCGGACCAAGCACUUCGAGCUGGGUACCGACUCCAAGAAGGGCAAGAAUGAGCCAGCCAGCUUGCGGAAGACCAAUCAGAAAGAGGUCCAGCAAGACUUGGAGUACUUCCUCAAGAAGGGAGAUCAGUUGCGCAGAAGUGGCGCUUAUAUUGAAGCCAUACAGGUGCUGAACCGCGCGCUGCUCUUGGAGAAGAGCCCCCGCGCCCUUGCGGCCCGUGCAGCGGCACGGCGUGCCCUGCUGCAGCGGGAAGAGGCGGUGAAUGACUACACAGCAGCCUUCAAACUGGACCCUGCGGCUGUUUAUCUCAGCGGCCGGGGCGUGGUGAAGUCGGAGCUGGGUUGGUAUCGAGACGCGUUGGAUGAUUUCCAGAGUGCCCUCAAAAUGGAUCCCAUGGACAAAGUUGCCAAGAACGGUCUCCAGUGGGUGCAUCAGCAGGAGAGCCACGCACCCCUGAGAAUCCUCUUCCUUGGAGGUUUUAAGCGGAUGAGUGCCAUGAACACGACCUAUGUGGAGCGACGCAUCCCUGCGUGCAUCAUCAUGGGCCGGGAGAGCUACUGGUCCUUGGAUAACCAGCACGUGCUCUACUGGAGUAGCCAGGAGAGACGCUGGAAGGGCUGCCGUGCUGUGGAUGUGGAACGGAUUUCCCAGCAGGCGUCUCCUGGAUGCAUCGGCGCGCCGGAACGCACGCACGUCUUGUCUGGCUCACUGCCGCGGGGCUGGUUUGAGUGGACUGGCACUGAGUGGGCCAAGCUCCCCAGCUCUGGAGUGACCAGCUUUGGCCCUAUCUCAGCACCCUUGCGGAUCAUCAAUCUCUAUGACUUCUGGCGGACCAUGAUUAACACCAGCUAUGUGGAACGCCGGCAGCUGGAAUACACAGUGAACAGCCGAGAAACCUAUUGGUCAGUGGAUGGGGCUUUAUUCAUUUAUUGGUGUCCCAAAGAGUCACGCUGGAGAGGCUGCCGCUCCCAGGAUUUGCGAACGGUCCAGCAGGGCGAAUCUGUGGCACUCUUCGGGGCCCCCAGAGGGAAUGACAUCUUGUCCUUGAAGACAGGCUGGCAUGAACUACAGAAUAAGGAAUGGGUGGUCGCUAAUGCAGGUGUGAACAUCGAGCCGAAGUCCCUAAGAAAACGUACGGUGACGCUGGUCGGCUUCUCCGCAGAGGGGGUGAAUACGACCUACCGGGAGAACCGGCAAAAGGAGAUGAUGGUCAAUGACCGCGAGAUCUACUGCUCUGAAGGGCCCAAUGCGCAUUUUCUCUAUUGGUCGAAGGCCGAAUCCAGAUGGAAAGGAACUGUCUUGAGCAACCACCAGAAGAUCCAGGGUGGCCGCUCCUCUGCCAUCAUCGGCGCACCGCAGCUGGCGGAUCUCUUCGACCCCGCCCCACUCCGCGGCUGGCACGAAUGGACGGGCGACGACUGGGUCUACCGAGUGCGGGCCGGUGUGGGCAGUCUGGGCACACUGCGGGAUGACUAUGUCGCCAAAGCGGCCAAGGCCAAGGUGCCGCCAGCCAAGAGGAGGAAGACUCACGAGGCUCCGCGGAAUGGCCUGAGCCGCGAGCAAUUGAUCCAGGAGGUGUUCAAGCACUUCGACAAAGACGGUGAUCAAUUGCUGAACGCCUCUGACAUGCUGAGCUUUGCGAGCUCUGUCGGCUUUGAUGGUAGCCGUGAGGAAUGGCAGGAGGAGUAUCGCCUCAUCUGCGAAGGCCUUGGCCGCACGCCGGAUCAGGGCAUUGACGCUGCAUCCUUCUUCAAGCUGGUGAAUGAGGACACGGAUGAUGGUUGCUAUUGCUCUGACAAGGAGCUGGCAGGUAUGCUUGGGCAAUCAUGGCCACCUCCACGAGUGGUGUCCUGA